AUGGAAGGGGGUGCGUAUGGAGCUGGCAAAGCCGGGGGCGCCUUCGACCCCUACACCCUGGUCCGGCAGCCUCACACCAUCCUGCGCGUCGUGUCCUGGGUCUUCUCCAUCGUGGUGUUCGGCUCCAUCGUGAAUGAGGGCUAUCUCAACAGCCCCUCGGAAAGCGAGGAGUUCUGCAUCUACAACCGCAACCCCAACGCCUGCGGCUACGGCGUGACCGUGGGCGUGCUCGCCUUCCUCACCUGCCUGCUCUACCUGGCCCUGGACGUGUACUUCCCCCAGAUAAGCAGCGUCAAGGACCGGAAGAAGGCCGUCCUGUCAGACAUUGGCGUCUCGGCCUUCUGGGCCUUCCUCUGGUUUGUGGCCUUCUGCUUCCUGGCCAACCAGUGGCAGGUCUCCGAGCCCAAGGACAACCCGCUGAACGAGGGGACGGACGCGGCCCGGGCCGCCAUCGCUUUCUCCUUCUUCUCCAUCUUCACGUGGGCAGGCCAGGCUGUGCUGGCCUUCCAGAGGUACCAGAUUGGCGCCGACUCGGCCCUCUUCUCCCAGGACUACAUGGACCCCAGCCAAGACUCCAGCAUGCCUUACGCCCCGUACGUGGAGCCCAACACCGGGCCAGAGCCCACGAGCAUGGGCGGCACCUACCAGCAGCCGGCCAGCGCCUUCGAGCCCGAGCCUCAGGGCUACCAGUCGCAGGGCUACUGA